AUGGGGGAAUGGACCAUAUUAGAGCGACUGCUGGAGGCAGCUGUGCAACAGCACUCCACUAUGAUCGGGAGGAUUCUCCUGACUGUGGUGGUAAUCUUUCGGAUUCUAAUAGUUGCAAUAGUCGGGGAGACGGUUUACGACGACGAACAGUCAAUGUUCAUAUGUAACACGUUACAACCAGGCUGUAACCAGGCGUGUUACGACAAAGCGUUUCCAAUUUCUCAUAUCAGAUACUGGGUUUUCCAAAUUAUCAUGGUAUGCACUCCGAGUCUGUGUUUCAUCACUUACUCCGUGCACCAGUCGGCCAAACAGAAGGAGCGGAGGUACUCUACUGUCUACCUUUCUUUGGACAAGGAUUCGGACUCUAUGAAACGGGACGACAGCAAAAAGAUUAAAAACACCAUCGUGAACGGAGUACUUCAGAACACAGAGAACUCCACCAAAGAGUCAGAGCCCGACUGUUUGGAGGUGAAAGACAUUCCCAAUUCCACUAUGAGAACUACAAAGUCAAAAAUGAGACGGCAGGAAGGCAUCUCCAGAUUUUAUAUCAUUCAGGUGGUGUUCAGAAACGCGCUGGAAAUAGGCUUUCUGGUGGGUCAAUAUUUCCUAUACGGAUUCAGUGUCCCUCCAGUGUACGAAUGUGAUCGAUACCCCUGCAUCAAAGAUGUCGAGUGCUAUGUCUCGAGACCGACGGAGAAAACGGUGUUUCUUGUCUUCAUGUUCGCCGUCAGUGGGAUUUGCGUGGUCCUUAACUUGGCAGAACUUAAUCAUUUGGGCUGGAGGAAGAUCAAAACAGCAGUUCGGGGUGUGCAAGCGAGGAGGAAGUCCAUAUAUGAGAUCCGGAACAAGGACUUGCCCCGUAUGAGUAUGCCUAAUUUCGGCCGAACACAGUCAAGUGACUCCGCGUAUGUUUAG